GUGCUUCUUGUGCCAGCUGGCCUGCACUGCCAUCCAGUGGCACACCAUUUGGGACUUGCAUGAGUGGAUCAAUGCCCCAUGUGAGUUGGUACUGCUUUCCAACAGUGGGCCUUUGGCAUUCAAACAAUCAGGCCAAGCAUGCUCCUUGCUUGAGGCCUUGUGCCUCAAUGGUGUCUACCUCACAGCUGGGCACAUCAGGAAAUUGCUUUGGAGCUUGGGUGCCCAAGUUCCAGCCAACCUUUCUGCAAAGCAACUGGUCACUUUUUUGUUCACUGUAGUCUUGGGGAGUGACCAGGACAAGACUCAACAGGCCACCCACGCUUAUCAGGAACAGCAAGAGGGUCAGGCCAACAAGCUUGAACAAGAGCUUGACAGUGAGAUGGAGGAGAUCUUGGAGUGUCACAAGGAUGACAACUACAACACAA